GAAGAAAAACAGAGACAAAAAAAGCAACUGAUGAUGAUGAUGAAAAUUGGAAUGGACUUGAUUGAAAUUGAAAUAAAAACCAAAACGACAGCGAAAAGAAAGAAGCAGUACCAUUGAUUAUGACCCGUCAUGAAUAACCCUCAAAACGACACCGCAUUCAACUACGCCUUUAAAUUCUCCUAACCAAUCAUAACCACGCUAAAUUUCUCUCUCGCUUCGCACUUCGCCCUCUCUCCUCUUUCUCUUGCUCUCUCCAUUUUCCCUCGCUUUUUCAUUUUCCCGAGAAAAUGAGAGAAAUCCUCCACAUUCAGGGCGGGCAGUGCGGUAACCAGAUCGGAGCCAAAUUCUGGGAAGUUAUAUGCGACGAGCACGGCAUCGAUCACACUGGAAAAUACAGCGGAGAUUCCGAUCUUCAGCUCGAGCGUAUCAAUGUUUAUUACAAUGAAGCCGGUAGUGGAAGGUACGUUCCACGCGCCGUUCUCAUGGAUCUCGAACCUGGAACCAUGGAUUCUCUUAGAUCCGGACCUUUCGGUCAGAUCUUCCGCCCUGAUAACUUCGUUUUCGGACAGUCCGGUGCCGGAAAUAAUUGGGCGAAAGGUCAUUACACGGAAGGCGCUGAACUCAUUGAUUCCGUUUUGGAUGUUGUGAGGAAGGAGGCUGAGAAUUGUGAUUGCUUGCAAGGAUUUCAAGUGUGUCAUUCAUUGGGAGGUGGAACUGGCUCUGGCAUGGGAACGCUUCUUAUAUCGAAGAUUCGUGAAGAGUAUCCAGAUCGUAUGAUGUUGACGUUUUCUGUGUUCCCUUCACCUAAGGUUUCUGACACCGUUGUGGAGCCUUACAAUGCCACACUUUCUGUGCAUCAGCUCGUUGAAAAUGCAGAUGAAUGCAUGGUCUUGGAUAAUGAGGCUCUCUAUGAUAUCUGCUUCCGUACAUUGAAGCUUGCCACACCAACUUUUGGUGACCUUAACCAUCUCAUUUCUGCUACCAUGAGUGGAGUUACUUGUUGUCUACGUUUCCCUGGGCAGCUGAACUCUGAUCUUAGAAAGCUUGCUGUGAAUCUUAUCCCAUUCCCUCGUCUGCACUUCUUUAUGGUUGGGUUUGCACCCUUGACAUCAAGAGGAUCCCAGCAGUACCGCAACUUGUCUGUGCCUGAAUUGACUCAGCAGAUGUGGGAUGCUAAGAAUAUGAUGUGUGCUGCAGAUCCACGCCACGGUCGUUAUUUGACUGCUUCAGCAAUGUUCCGUGGUAAGAUGAGCACCAAGGAGGUGGACGAACAGAUGAUAAAUGUACAGAACAAGAACUCUUCUUACUUUGUUGAAUGGAUACCCAAUAAUGUCAAGUCUAGCGUGUGUGAUAUACCACCAAAGGGUCUUAAGAUGGCAUCCACUUUCAUCGGCAAUUCAACAUCCAUUCAAGAGAUGUUCAGGAGAGUUAGCGAGCAGUUCACAGCUAUGUUCAGGCGCAAGGCUUUCUUGCAUUGGUACACUGGUGAGGGAAUGGAUGAAAUGGAGUUCACUGAGGCUGAGAGUAACAUGAAUGAUUUGGUGGCAGAGUACCAGCAAUACCAGGAUGCUACUGCCGACGAGGAAGAGUAUGAGGAAGAGGAAGAGGAGGUUGGUGCUUAAGGCUCUCUUUGUGAGUUGUCAAAGUUGUUUCAAACAGCAAUAUGAAUGACUUUGGACGAGUUUAAUUUGUUGAGAAUUCAAAAUACAUUGACUUGUUCAUGUGGUGUUGUAUGAAAUUGAGGUCAUUGUAUAAGUUGGAUUUUGUGAUAAUGCUUCUGUUAUUAAAUCAUUCGAUAUUUUACUAGGAAGAUGAUUAUAUAUACUAUCAACGUCUGGCAAUUCCCGUUUCAAUUCUUUAAUGAUUGGUUUGGGCUUGGGAUUUAA